CGUGUUGCUAUCCCAUAAUGCAAUUUCACGUAACUCGCUUCACUUGUUGACAUGUACACUACAGUACUGACAGUUCUGUACUGUGUAUCUCCCGCAUCUGGAUUUUCCAGGGUAAUGUUUGUCGUUCGUUCUCUCUUGAACUUCAAAAUGGAUCCACAAUAUGAAUACCGCCUUCUGCGCCAAAUCAACCAUCAAAAUGACAACAGGAGCCCUACUAACACAGCACCUCCUGCUGCUUCCCCAAUAAUGUCUCCCAGUAAGCUCGGAGACAGGUUUAUUCCCACUAGAGUGGGCGCCAAAUGGGAUAUCAACUUCCACAGGCUCAGUGAAAAUGAGAAGUCAGCAAAUCAAACCAAGAAAGCCAAGGAACCAUCUACUGAUAUUGUUAAAGCAGAUGGUUUGACAUACACUGCUCUGCUGAAAAAUGAGCUUCUGGGGGCAGGGAUAGAGAGGAUCCAGGACCCUCAGACGGAAGACAGUCAUUUGCUGCUCUUGACACCUGAAAAGCGGAGACUCUUCACUUACACACUUGAGCUCAAAAGAGGAUCACCAGCCAGCGACACUAACCUCUCUCCAUACUCAUUAUCACCUGUCAGCAACAAAAGUCAGAAACUGCUGCGAUCACCUAGAAAGCCAACCAGAAAGAUUCCUAAGAUCCCCUUCAAAGUCUUGGAUGCACCGGAGCUGCAGGAUGACUUUUACCUUAAUUUGGUGGACUGGUCGUCUCUUAAUGUGCUCAGCGUCGGCCUGGGAACAUGCGUUUACUUGUGGAGUGCCUGUACCAGUCAGGUAACAAGGCUGUGUGAUCUAUCCGUGGAGGGGGACUCGGUCACAUCAGUCGGAUGGUCUGAGAGGGGCAACCUGGUAGCGGUGGGGACUCAGAAGGGCUACGUUCAGAUCUGGGAUGCUGGCGGCGGAAAGAAACUCUCCACCCUGGAAGGACACUCAGCCAGAGUCGGAGCGCUAGCUUGGAAUGCUGAUCAACUUUCCUCGGGCAGCCGCGAUCGAAUGAUUCUUCAGAGGGACAUUCGAACUCCUCCGCUUCAGUCGGAGCGACGGCUUCAUGGCCAUAGGCAGGAAGUGUGCGGCUUGAAGUGGAGCACUGACAAUCAGCUGCUCGCUUCUGGCGGCAAUGACAAUAAGUUGCUGGUUUGGAAUCACUCCUCACUGAGCCCUGUGCAAGCUUACACAAAUCAUCUGGCUGCGGUGAAGGCCAUCGCCUGGUCACCACACCAGCAUGGCCUGCUGGCCUCUGGAGGCGGCACGGCCGACCGCUGCAUUCGCUUCUGGAAUACGCUGACAUCGCAGCCUCUGCAGUGUGUGGACACAGGCUCACAGGUCUGCAACCUGGCUUGGUCCAAGCACACAAAUGAAUUAGUGAGCACUCACGGCUACUCUCAAAACCAGAUCUUGGUGUGGAAAUAUCCAUCACUCACUCAAGUGGCCAAACUCACAGGGCACUCCUACAGAGUCCUCUACCUUGCUAUGUCCCCGGACGGUGAAGCGAUUGUAACAGGAGCUGGAGAUGAGACGCUUCGCUUUUGGAAUGUAUUCAGUAAAACAAGAUCCACAAAGGAAUCUGUGUCAGUACUUAAUCUGUUUACCAGGAUUCGGUGACAUUGAACAACAACAAAACAUAAUUAUCACUGCGACGUUGCUGCAGCUUAACACGUUAUUCAUGCACGAUAGGUUUUGUGGAAGUAGUUCAGCAGAAGGCCAUGUAUCAUAAUGAAAGGCUUUGGAUUUUAUUUUCAAAAUGUAUGAGGGUGUUGUGUUGCUGUGUACUUGAAUUGUGAAAACAUCUUCACCAUUGGAAUCAAAGAGGGGACCUUUUGAUUUUGUAAACACAAGUCUGCUUUAUUUAACGCACUUGAAUUAUGACAUUGCUUAACAUUAUUACUUACCUCGGGUUCUGCAAUUUGAGCAUUAAUGUUUGUUUACCAAAAUCCUGAAGUCUGGGUUCAGUUUAUCUAAUGCUGUGCAUUUACAACAUUACUACAUAGUUCAUUCCUUGUAGUCAAUGAAUAAAAUAUAUUUAAUUUUAA